GCUAUAAGAGAUGUGAGACAACCGAUAACAAAUACAGCUUCGAUGCUAAGAAAAUAUUUACUUUUUAUAUCAACUUGUGUGUUUAAUUAACGCCGGGGAUAUUGGGCCAUCCAACAAUGGUGUCAACUAGCAGAGAAUCGAGCCUCUGUGGAAGAUAAUAAUAGACGCCUCAAAAGAGGCUUCUGGCUUACCCCUGUGUGUGUGUCUGCGUGUGGCUCUCUGUUCUUGUUUCUGUAUUUGUGUUGUUUUUUUGCACAAAAAACCGGAAGACCAAAGGCCCCGCGAAACACGAACGCGGAUGCGGAUUCGGCUGCUGCUGUUGCUGUUGCGACUGCGGACUCGAAUACUUAUGCGUUUAUUAAUCGCAAAUCCAGAAUGCGUCUCCUGCAGAUAGUUUCGCUGUUGCUCUGCGUUGUCCUGGCUUCGGGAGCCAAUAUCCUGGCAGUCCUGCCCAGUGUCUGGAAAUCCCACUAUCUCUUUGGACGAAAACUGCUCCAGGAGCUGGUAGAGAGUCCCGGCAACCACUCGGUGACUCUCAUUAGUCCACAUGCUGCUCAGGAUGGCGUGGACUGGGAAAUCCCUCGGAUCAGGGAGCUGCGGAUCGAGGGGCUGAGGGAAAACUGGCUGGACAUGGGCAUGAGUUUCGAGGCGGAGGAGAUGCACGCGCAGAGUGUGAUGGAACGGUUCACCAGGCUAAUCUACGCCGGCACCACCAACGUGGACAUCCUUCUGUCCGAUUCCCAAGUGAGGAAGCUCCUCACCAGCGGCGAGAGAUUCGAUUUGCUCAUCGUGGACUUGUUCCUAAGUGAUGCUUUGUUAGGAUUGGCCUUUUAUUAUGGUAUUCCCACCGUUGCAAUCAGCCCCACCGACGCCAACUCCUGGCUCAAUAAUAUGUUUGGCAAUCCGCAAUCUUCGUCCCUGGAUCCCAGCAACUUUUUGCCCUUUACGGAGAAGAUGAAUACCAGGCAGAGGAUUGUAAACUCGCUGAUGAGUACCUUUGAACGGUUGACCUACAAUUUUUUCCACUUGAUUUCCCAGCAAUCAGUUUACACGAACCACUUUGAGCUACUCGUGAAGGAGCUACCGCUCUAUAGAGAUCUCACCAAGAACUUGAGCCUGGCCCUAAUCAAUUCCCAUCCAGGUCUGCACUAUUCGCGAGCUUAUUUGCCAAACAUGGUGGAGGUGGGCGGAUUGCAUUUGACCAAUGCCAAUGAACUCAUCUUGCCAAAGCACCUGGAAUCAUUCAUGAAAAGUUCACCGAGUGGGGUGAUCUACUUUAGUUUGGGUGCCGAUGUCCAGACAGCUCAGUUGCCGCUGGAGAAGCUCUCAGUUAUUGUGGAUGUUUUUGGGCAUCUCAAGGAGUUUCACUUUCUAUUGAAAUGGGAAACAGAGCAGUUUAUACCGGAUCUGCAGCUGCCGGAGAAUGUGCUUAUUGCGGAUUGGUUUCCGCAGCAGGCGGUUUUAGUCCAUCCACAGGUGAAGAUGUUCAUCAGCAGCUGUGGGCAGCUGAGUGUGUGGGAAUCAGUCGUGGGACGAAAGCCAAUACUUGCCAUUCCCCUUUUGGCCGAGCAGGAGGUGAUGGCCAAGAGACUGCAACACCAUGGAGUCUCGCUAACUGUGGGCUACGAUGCCAUAACCUACGACGCUCUGCUUCACGGGAUCAGGCAGCUCACCCUGAACAGCAGCUACGUGGAAAAGAUGGGCCAACUUAACGAGCGGCUGAUAAGCCGCGACUCCUCGCCAGCCGCCAAAGCAGUUCGAAAGAUUCAGCUCAUUUUGGACUCUGGGGGAGCUGAUUACCUUAAAUCCCAUGCCAAUACGUUGAAUUUUUGGAGAAUCGAAGGCAUUGAUGUUUUUCUAAUUAUUGCCCUCGGCUUCUGCGGCAUUUUGAUAGUGCCAUUUUUGGCCAUUUGUUGCAUUCUAAGGAAGUCCUACCACAGCCAAGCGGCGCAGAGUCAGCCGCCGUAUAGAACCAACCUUAAAGUGGUGGGUAGAGUUCAUAGCUAUGGGGAGCAAGGUAGCCGAAAGUCUUCAGCUUCAGCGGAGCCUCUCCGCAGAACCAGAUCGGCUCAGUCGCUAUCUAACAGGUCCAGCUCCUCAAGCAUGGGUUCCACCUCGCCCACAAGCUUAUCCACAGCGUCCACCACUCCACUGGAUCUGACACCACCGCCGCCAGUUCAUCUGCUUGGCCAGGUAUCGCCAUUGCAGCUGUACGUGAACCAGCAGCGGAUAUACUCAAGCGAAGGCAAAACAUCACCAGAGGAUAACCCAGAACGAAGGUUCUCCUAAUUGUAUAUCUCUCUAGGACGACUAUUUUUAAAUCGUAACAUAGGCGAUGAGAGUGUUCUUUUGAUUCUUUCUAAUACUUUACAAACUUUAUGACAAAAAGGCGAGAAUAAUGGAAUUUAUCAAUGGAAUACUUAAAUCCCCUUGAGUAUAUAGUAGCAUAUAUACCGCGUAUCUAGUUUUAAGAAUAAUUUGUUGUUGAUAAUUGUGUGAACAGACCUUUUUAGUUGUUUAGAUUAGAUUAGUUUAAGUUACAAAGUUUAUUAUAUGUAUAUAUAUUUUCUUUUGAUUGUUUUUUUGAAAGUUACUCUGCAAAUUGUGUUUAAAAUAUUUUUUUUGAAAGUAUAUUGGCAUGUUUUUUGAUAUUAUGGUCAGGGCCCGCGUCGCAAAUAUCCUUUUUUUUAAAUAUUUAAAUUCAAAGACUGAAACACCCAUAUAAAAGACAAACCCGUAUACCCGUUUAAAAGACAAAGUGAAACUUAAAACAAUAAACAAUAAUUGUGGUUCAACUGCAAAGGUUCAGCUAAAAAAGAAAUCAGGAUUUUAUAUCUAAAUGAUUUUUUUAAGUACUGAAAUUUUUUACUUUACGGGGCUUAAGCUGAGACAGGGUUAGUUUGUUUUUGGAUAAUUUAGGUUAAGAAUAUUUCAUAAAGUGCUGUAUGGAUUGUUAAAUAAAAAAUAAUUUAAUCAGAGGA